AACAUGAAGAGUGAUAGCAGCAGCAAAGAUAAUAGUAUAUAUAUGACAUAAAGGGCCUUGGUUUUGUAUGAGCUCUCUUUAUUCUCAUUCUCCUUAGCUUUAUCUUUCUCUUCUGAGUGAGUGAGGUUUCUUUAAUUUGCUACCCCUUGUUGAUGUGAUUCUCCACUAAACCUAGAGCCUUUACAAAAGAGAAAGAAGGAUCUACUAAUUAGAGCCAUGGUUUUCUCCUCCAUUCCUCCUUAUCUUGAUCCACCCAACUGGCAACAGAACCCGCAUAAUUAUUUUCGGAGUGGGAACAAUGAUUUGCUUCCACCAGCGCCGCCACCAGCUCCUCCACAGCAACAUGGAGUUGGGGGGGCCGGGUCGAUUAGACCGGGUUCCAUGGUUGACCAGGCCCGGAUGGCCAACAUACCGAUGCCAGAAGCCGCCCUGAAAUGCCCUAGAUGCGAAUCAACACACACCAAGUUCUGCUACUUCAACAACUACAGCCUGUCGCAGCCUCGCCACUUCUGCAAAACCUGCAGAAGGUACUGGACUCGAGGAGGCGCCCUCAGAAGCGUGCCUGUCGGUGGGGGCUGCAGAAGGAACAAACGAAGCAGCAAAGGAAGCAGCAGCAGCGCCUCCAAAUCUGAACCGGCUAACUCGGGUUCCUCAAAUACAACACUUCCUUCUUAUAACACUAAUGCCGCGACACCACCAACUAGUAGUAUGUUAGGAGGGCUCAUCACAUCACAAAUUCCACAAUUACGCUUUUUGCCCCCUUUGAAUCACCUUAUGGACUAUGCGACUCCAGGACGCGAAACUGCAGGGUUCAGCUAUGGUGGAAGUACUUCAGGUACUCCGGUUGUGUCCACUAGUGAAAUGAAUUUUCAAAUGGGAAGUAACCUCUUUAGUGGAAGUAGCGGAGGAGGUUUGGAGCAGUGGCGAUUGCACCAGAUGCCACAAUUUCCUAAUUUCUUGGGUGGGUUCGAUCCAUCAAUGUCACACAGUGGGGUGUUGUAUCAGAUUAAUAAUCAAGAUGGAGGCGUUGAGGCUUCAAAAUUGUCGAGCUCUUCUUCUAUGAUGUCUCAAUUGGCUUCCGUAAAAAUGGAAGCCAACAACAAUAACAACAACAACAAUCAGAAUCACGAGUCGAGUUCAGCAAGACAGUUCACAGCAGCGCCAGUAGAAGGAAAUGAACAUCACUGGAGUACCAACGUUGGUACGACUGCAUGGACAGAUCUUUCGGGGUUCAGCCCUUCCUCCACCAGCAAUCCAUUGUAAGAUUAAUCAUAUAACAUAUAUAAGAAGAUCCGAUAAUUAAACUACUAUAUAGUCUUGUUAAUUUGAAGGCUCAUUGACAAGCAUCGAGCUCACUUUUAUGAUGCACCGAAAACCCUAGAGCUGAUAGGAACUCUAUAAGAUAUUCGUAUUUAUUAAUUUGUUGUUUUAAUUUGGUUUGAUUUGUAAUGUAUACCCUUUAUACUGAGCGCACCUUUGUCUUAAA